ACCAAGAUGGCACCGAAAGCUAAGAAGGAAGCUCCUGCCCCUCCUAAAGCUGAAGCCAAAGCAAAACCUUUGAAAGCCAAGAAAGCAGUGUUGAAGGGUGUCCACAGUCAUAAAAAGAAGAAGAUCCGCACGUCACCUACCUUCCGGCGACCCAAGACAUUGCGGCUCCGGAGGCAGCCCAAAUAUCCUCGGAAGAGCGCCCCCAGGGGAAACAAGCUUGACCACUGUGCCAUCAUCAAAUUCCCCUUGACCACUGAGUCAGCCAUGAAGAAGAUUGAAGACAACAACACACUUGGGUUUAUUGUGGAUGUCAAGGCCAACAAACACCAGAUCGAACAAGCUGUAAAGAAGCUCUAUGACAAAAGACCGCCCACCAGCCGGCGACCACCCGCCCGCUCCCCGCACGACUGGGCGGCUGGAGACCGCCCGCCCGCCAGCGACCAAUUGCCCGUCCGCUGCCCACGCGACUGGGCGGCUGGAGACCGCCCACCUGCCGGCGACCAACCGCCCGCUGCCCGCGCGACUGGGCGGCUGAAGACCACCCGCCCGCCGGCGACCGAUCGCCAGUCCGCUGCCCGCGCAACUGGGCGGCUAGAGACCGCCUGCCCGCCGGCGACCACCCGCGGCCCCCGCGACUGGGCGGCUGGAGACCGGGCAGCUGGAGACUGA